UUUCAAAUUUAAGGUUGUAGACAUCGCGCAUGCGUGAGAAACAUUGUAGUACACCAAAACGAAAGAUUUGACGUUCUUCUCUCGAAGAGAAGUAAAUCCGUUGCACAAUUUAAUUUUAUUUCAGAGACAAAAUUAUGGCAUUCAGUCCCACAACAAAAAUAAAGAACAAGGAUUAUAUAAAUAAAAUUAGACACGGUUCACCAAAGUUGCAGGAAGUGUUGCGAGAGAAAUGCCGUCAGAGAAUGAAAGAGAGGCGACAUCAAUUGUUCAACAGAAGUAGAGUUGGUUUACAAUUCGAUUCUAUACAUAUGCAGAGUAAAUUGACAGAAAUAAUACGUCAAGAAUUUAAGAAUCUGGCAACAUCAAAUGAUGGUGGCACAAGUCUUACGUUCAAAGAAAUUGAUGAACCUUUAAGUCAGGAAGAGGCUCUUAGAUUGGAAAAUGAAAUUGUUCACGAACAAGAACAAUGGAUACUUCAAGAAUAUGAAAAAUUUUCACACGAUGAGAUUGAAUCUUUGGCAAUCUAUGCUGAUAACGAGAGCAAAGAAGUGUUCUGUCCUAUAUGUCAGAAAGACAUGUUACAAGAAAAAAAUAAAGAUGUAAGUUGUGCAACUUGUGGACUAAAAUUAACUGGUCACACCAUGCAAGAAGUGAAAGAAUUAAUUGAUGAGAGUGUAAAAAUUCAUACAUUCAAUUGCACCAAAGUGCCAACAUUCAUGAUAAUACCUGAUAAUUGUAAUCUUGAGUUAUACUUGGUAUGUUAUGGUUGUUCUACUUUAGCAUUCAUUUGUUAAUUAUUUAAAAUUAAUUACGAGUUUUCCAAUUUUUCAAAUUAAG